GAGAGAGGGAGAGCGAGAGAGAGAGAGACGGGAGGAGGAGGAGGACGGAGAAAGCGAGAGAGAGAGAGGGCUGAGACACACUGGAUAAAGGCGACAAAAAGCACGAUGAUAAUGGAGUCGAGGCGGUGGAGGAUGUCGGAUUUACGAGAAAGGACUGUUGAAAUUUGACAGAGGGCUCGUGUUAAAGGCUGGUCUCCAUCUUUUUUUUUUUUUUUUUUUUUUUGGUUUUCCCUUUUUCGUUUCACCGCGUUUGAUUUUUUUUUUGCCCCCCUCCCCCCCUCCCCCCACAUGCUGCGUGGACAGUAGAGGCGAGCAGAGGAAGGGGAGCACCCCGCGGAUCCCUGGGAAGCUAAAAACGGGGGUCCACCGCUGGCGCUACAGGCAUCUCAUCUCACGGAUGGUAAUAAAAGGACAUCCUGAUGAAGACAGCUCUGGACUGAUGGAUGAGGAUGGAAAAGCAGCUUUAACCCCCUCCACCCGGCGACUGUGAAAUAAAGGGGGGGGGGAAUCCUAUUGUGAUUUUUUUUUAAUUGUUAAUCAUUUAUAGUGUAGCCCUGAGGAAACGAGCCUUAGACAGCAAUGUUGAAUCACUGGUGUUGGUAAAUUAUUCAUUAGGAGUAUAGGUAGGCUAUGAUUUUUGUAUUGCUUCAAUGUAGCAUUCCCAUUAUUCUUUCCCCCCACUAUGUGUAGUCUUGUAAGAUCACACACAUAUGUGCAGGUCUGGUUUUAUCGUGUGCUUAUGUAGGCCCUUUUAACAGCCAAGAAACAGCCAAAGCGAGGGAAACAUUAGCUUUCGUGUAGAAGAGAAGAGAAUAUCUGAAUAGUGAGGUGUGUCGAGCUGUGCGGGGGGUUUUACAUCUUUUACAUCUUUUUUAAAUAUAUAUAUAUAUAUAUAUGAGAGUGUAAAGAAGAAGCAGGACGGGGGUGUAAAAAAAAAGAUCUAAGAAGAAGGAGAGGGGAGAGAAAAACGACCAAACAUGUUGCCUUCCCAAGAAGCCUCCAAGAUCUACCAUGACAAUUAUAUGCGCAACUCCCGAGCCAUCGGGGUGCUGUGGGCCAUCUUCACCAUCUGCUUCGCCAUCGUCAACGUGGUGGUGUUCAUCCAGCCCUACUGGAUCGGCGACAGCGUCAACACGCCGCAGGCCGGCUACUUCGGCCUCUUCCACUACUGCGUGGGCACCGGGCCGUCGCCCAGCCGGGAGCUCACCUGCGUGGGCAGCUUCUCCGACUUCAGCUCCAUCCCGUCCGGAGCCUUCAAGGCGGCCUCCGUGUUCGUGCUGCUGUCCAUGGUGCUGAUCCUCAGCUGCAUCGCCUGCAUGGCGCUCUUCUUCUUCUGCAACACCUCCACCGUUUACAAGACCUGCGCCUGGAUGCAGCUGCUGUGCGGAGUGUGCCUCGUGCUGGGUUGCAUGAUCUUCCCCGAUGGAUGGGACGCCGAGGUGAUCCGUGACAUGUGCGGAGAGCAGACGGGAAAAUACUCCCUGGGCGACUGCUCUGUACGCUGGGCUUACAUGCUGGCCAUCAUGGGAAUCCUGGAUGCCCUCAUUCUCUCCUUCUUGGCCUUCGUCCUGGGCAACCGGCAGACGGAUUUCUAUCUUGAUGAUCUGCAAACAGACAACAAGGAUUUUGCUGUGUCAAGGAUUGAGGUGCGGGACAGAAGAGAGCCACGAUACGGAGUACAGCGUCUUCACUGAGGGCACUGGACAACUUCUCUUUCUCUGUUCUUCUCUUUCUGCCCUUCUCUUCUUCUCUUCUCUCGUCUCUCCUCUCCAAUGAUCAGGAUAUCACCCAAUCUCAAUGCAGACACCAAGUGUACAGGAUUCUGUAAGAUAAAAAAACAACAACAACAACAACAACAAACCACACUGGGAUAAACUAUAUUUUGGAAGAAAAAAAAUUAUACAAGGUUGUACAGUGCAUUUAACACUUUCUCAAUGAAUACCUUUAUGGUGUAAAAGAAAAAAAAAAGAUUUACUGUAUUUAAAGUCUUGAUUUUUUUGUGAAAAGUUCAAUCCUUAAGAUGAAGAACCAUAAUGCCCAUUUAUGAUUUUACUGUGGUUAAUUUGACUUAUUGCUAUUUACCAAUGUUGAGUUUGUGUGUUGUGUCCAUUCAUAGCUUUCAGAGAGCAGAUUCUCAAUACUCCUCACACACUGGUAGAGUGGAGACUCGCAAUUUGGCAGCAAGUCCAUUAUUAAAUAUUUAAAACACUUCAACAGGGACUCGUAUGGCUCUUCAUCUAAGGACUUUAAAAUGUGAGAAAUUUAAAGGAGUACCCCAUUGCAGCUUUACAGAACCUAACAUCUCUGGGAGAUUCUCUACUGUACAUACUUAACGAUGUAUAUAACAUUACUGCUGACGACAACAGCCGACAACAAAACCUCAUCUGACUCUAAUGCAUUCGAGUAUAGUAUUUCUACCCUUGGUUUCAGUGUUCCUCGUGCUGGAAGAGCAUCAGAGUAUGUGCAAAUUCAUUGUGUUUCUUUGACUCCUCCCUUCUGAAGCUACAGAUGGGCUUAAAAAAUGGAUUCCUGAGCUAAAUAUUCACCAGAGAAGCAGAGCAAUGUGAAUCAAAGUGAUCAUGUAUGGUCACUUUGAUUUCUUUUUUAAUGGCACAGGAAAUGAGACACAUCCCUCGCAUUAGCAUGGCCUCAACAGAAGCCCCUUGUUGUAGUAUGUCCCCCUUGAGUAUGGUGUACAUUUGAAACUGUUUAACUUAACAGCAGCUGUCUAUUCAGAGUUAAUCUUUUUUUUCUCUUCGCGCUAUCUCACGAUUCCCUUCUCCAGUGUGCAGUUUACUCCAGUUUAUGGCUCCAGCAUACAGUGAUGAGUUUACUCUACAGAUGUCUUAAGGCUGCCUGAAUAUGACUGUAGGACUGCUGGCCCCAUGUGGUGCAAUGUUAAAAAGGUGAUGUCACUUAUAUGCCUCUUUUAAUAAACAACACUGUUUUGUAGUAGCCAUAGGACCGAUAGGAGGGUCACAAUCCCAGCAAAAAAAUAAACAAAUGAAUAAAAGAAAAAGACUUUAAAGAGUACUAAAACACUUCAGACCAUUAAGUUUUAACAGGGCUGUUAGACAGCAAAAACUACUGACACACGGUGUCCUACCAUUUAAAUCUUCCACCCGUGCUAGAUUUAAAACUCUUGUCAUUCUGGGAAGGGCUGCAUCCAGGAUUUUCGUAGUAGAGAGCUUAAGAUUAAAAUCCCACCAAGGCACUUCCUGUUCUUCCAUAAAAUAUUGGCCAAAUUCAAACAUAACAUUUGUCCAAUGCAUCUGAGAAAAUAUGGAGAGCUUAUCUUAUGAGAGAAAAAAAUCAUCUACAGUUAAAUCUUACAUUGAUGUGGCAGCAACAAUUUAGAACUGGCAAGAAAAUCAUCAAGAUUUCUUAAAUAAUUCUAAUAAAUCGUAAUUCUGCUAAGCAAAAAAAGGCUAAUUUGGCUUUUUUGAAAAAACAAAUAUUGAUAUUUAAGCAUAUGUAGGUCAGAUGUUGCCUUUGCCCUGUUCUCUGAAGUAGAAUGAUGACUGCUUGAGACAGUAGGUCACAUUUAUAAGAUGAAAGCUCCAGUUUUUUUUUUCUUUUAUGGAUGCUGUGCCCUUCUGUAAUAUUGGCCCUCACGCAAGAAACUUUUAUUGUAGAGUCCCUGUGGUCUCUAAGAAGAAUCUGUGCGGGUCCCUGUGGGCAAGUGCAAGACAAGCAAACUAAUGCCAUGUUUGUAAAUUUAAAAACAAGAUGUGUGUUCAAUCUGCUGUCUAUAAAUGAUUCUUGUUGAGGCCCUUUGAGAACAGUCAUAUUGGGAUCAGCAUAUUAGUUACAAUGUUACAAUGAUCACUAUUCCGAGCUCCACUGUCCAAAAAGAAAGUAUUAUCCAUGUAACACUGUUACCGUGACGUGUCACCAACCCCACCCUGAUUUUGUCCCUCCAACAGAGUAACUUGAUGUAGCACUAGACACGCAAGUGUCAUUGGUUGUUAUCCAUGGUGACACAUGUAUGACAGUGAUCAUUGCUACACCAGCAACUUAAAAACUAUCAUGUGUAUAGCGAUGAAUCCUUUGCCAAUUUUUGUGAUAACCAGGGAAGUCUGUAGUCUCCUGAUUUUAAAGACAUGAAUCUGUUUCAUCUGCAAGAGCAUUCAGUACUCGGGUUUGAGCUCUGUGACUCACAACUGUACCCGUGUGCGCUGUUAUAGCUUCCACAAGCUAUAGCCAAUUGAUUUGUCUGCAUCAGUGACACCGAUUGUCAUGAUACCUGCGACAAGUGGGAUUCUAGCGUGACAAGCUGCAGUUGCGACGAAUGAUAAAGCAAGCUGCUGUAAUCCAAGGCACCAUGGGGCUCUUAUCCCUCUCAGAGCAGCACUUGAGGCUGACAUACUGUAAAUGAACCUCGUAAAGCCUGGCUCAAGUCACGACAAGAAUAGAAUUAGCUCUGCACAUGGGUAAUUGUUUCAGAUGAGAUAUUGGCACACUUUGCCCUUUUAAGAUCAUAAUGUAAACCCUACAAAGUAACUGAUUCUAUUUGAGGGAGCAAUUCAUCCACCACAGGGCCAAAGUACAGCCUAGUGAGGGGGCACAUUAUACCGCAUUAUAGUUAAUUAGAAUUCAUGUUAUGCUCUGUUAGGGAUGCAGUGCUAACACAAUCACUGUGGACCAGUAAAAGAAUGCGAUUCAAAAAUCAGACUAUGCCAUUACAGCUAAGGAUUUUAAUUAACCUAUCACACUUGUGGAAUGGGUUAUGGGAAGAAGCCCAAUAUGGGUUUGAGAUCAGCUCAAUAGGUUAUCCUGGGUAUGUUAUCACUAUAUAAUGAGCAGAUAGCUAGACUGUACAGUGUUUUUUUGUUAGAAUGAUAGCUAGCUAACUCUCAGGAAGCUGUGUACACAGUACUGUAUUAAAGGCUCAAGUGGAAACGAUCAAACAUAAGCAAGUCAAAUAUGCGAUUAAAGUCUUUUCAUUGAUGGACUUAAGAUGAGGUCAAAGUUUAAAUGACGCAUUGCUCAGCUGCAUCCCUUGUUAGUAGAGUUUAGAGUAGAAUAGUGCCGGUUUUCCAAGCUGGGCCUUUAAGACAAUAUGACAACAGCCCUUAUGCUGAUUCUAAUGAUGCUGUCCAUGCAGGCUCUGCACAGACCCUUUGGCCUAUAUUGAUCACCCACCCGGGCUAGAAGUGCUGGGCCCUCAUUCAAGAAACGUUUCUUUUACUUUAACCAUGAAGUAACUGUACGAGAAAAAGAAAAAAAAACAAUGCAAAUGAUUGAAAGAGACCUCAUUCAUUUGGUAUAGCAAAACAUAUGUGUUUGCUUUUUAUAUGUGUGUGAUCAUUUGAGAGAAACAGAAUGCUUUUUUUGUAUCUAAAGUUUGCAUAAAGCAGGCAGUAAUGUCUCUCAUGCAGUAUAUAUUGGGAUUUAAAUAUCUCCUAUAGCGUGCAUCUCUCAUUUGGGAAUACUUUCACAGGCCCAGGAUGUAUGUAACGACAAAUCUACAUAAAGAAAAAGAGCACGGGAAGAAAAAAAAACCCUGAGGCCUAAAUGGUCGAGUCAGGCUUCCAAGCAUCAUUACCUGCGUGAUCAAUGGUCUGGUCUCUUCUCCGGAUACUCUGUUCCUGAGAACUUGACGAUGAACUGAAAAUAUACCUUAACAAGGAACUGACAAUACCUUAACCCUGAUGAGCACAUAUUUGUACCACUUCAGGUGCCUCUAAGAACUCUUGAUUUAAUUCAGAUGUGGUGCAGAACCAGCAAAACAAGUAGUGACACUGUAGUUUUUUCUACUGAAGACUACAUACUCAGACUGAGCUCUGAAGUUAGGUGGGUUUUAUUGCAGAUUUGAGAUCAAUUCAGUUUCAAGUCAAAGAAUUAUAGCUAAAAUAAUAUUGGCUAGUUUUCCCCAGUUAUUUACCUUGCUUUGGGGAAACAUUUUGAUAUUUAAAAAUUUUGUUGUUGUUGGGGUUUUUUUUGUUUGUUUGUUUGUUUUGUUUUUUCCAGUGUGCGAUUGGACUGAAUUCACCUCAGUCUUCGAUUACAUCAUCUAAAGACAUGAAAAAGAAUGAAAAACUAAUAAAAGAGUCAAUGAGAAGUCAUUUCCAAUCUCUGGCCACAAACGAAAGCUUUGUGGAUUAUGUAAAUGCCAUUGAUAUGUCAAUGAUUUCAUCAUCUUUUUAUCAUGUAACAUCAUGUAUAAAGACAUCGUGUUUGGGGGUGGGAUGGGAUGGGGGCAAAGAUGAGUAAUGUCCAGUGACUUAUGUUAUGAUAAUAGUUCUGUUAACUCCUGAAAUGCAGAUGUUGCCAAAAUACCAUCAAUGAUCAUGUGUUACCAUGAAAAUGAAAAAAAAAAGAGAAACACUUGAUUUUGGUUUUGUAUAACAAAAGAAUGAUAUACUGAUAUUUGUCGAGUAUUUCUGAAGAGAUCUUUGUUUUAUGUGUUAACUACAGACUCUUUCUUUUCUGUUAUGCUUUACUUUCAGUGUAUUUCAGUAUGAUGUAUGAUGAUUGUUGUUUGGUCACAUCAGGCUUAACAUCUCAGACUCAGUUUCGUGUUACUAACAGAUGACUGCUUGUUUAAAUUUCAACACCCAAACAUGUACAAAAAUCUGUUUAUAGGGUUGCUUGAUGGUGGCCAAGUGGGCAGACUGUGAAAGAGGCUUGUUGCUUUCUUGGAUUAUGAUGACAUGCUGAUUUUGAUUUAAAAAAUUAUAAUGUUGAAUGAAUUCCUAUUUGUGAAUAGUAUUCCAACUCACCAUGAUGACAAUUUCUGUUAUUGAAACACAUUUUGAGAAGGUCGAAUAAAAAUAUUUUACAUUCAAAAAAUACUGUCA